GCAUGGCAUUAGGAAGUUUGUGAGUCAUUCUGAGUGUCAGCGUCGUCGUCACUCGUGGUGAACAUCGUCAACAAGCGUGUACACAUCGAGACUUCACUGCCAGAAUGAUACUGCAUAGUGCGCAUGGUGCGAGAAAGAUUCGCGUCAAUGGGACAACGACAUUCUGAAAAAGUUCAAGAGUCACGCCUUGUCCGAGGUUAAGGUCCCGUUGCCCAAGACGCAAAGACGCACACAAAGGCGCCAAGUUCGUCAAAUGCACGAACGUGCCGAAGAUUCCGAUGUAUACACUGCAUAGUAAAAAGACGGCCUCAUGGUUCUUCUGAUCGCAAGUGUCCUGGUCACGGUAGGGGCCAUCACUGCUAGCGGACGAUUAUGCACUCCGCGGGAUGCAAUCGCGCAUGCGCUCGAGCAGGCCCCUGACGCAAGGAAGCUUAUGCAAGAAACAAGCACAUCCUUCUUCCUUGUGUAUCACUCGAAGAACAGUUCGUUUCCCCGUGCGUACCCUUGCCUACGUGCUACAAAAGACUCACACGACCACAACAGAGCCACGUACCGAUACGAUUACCAGUCUAAGACAGGAAUCAAACGCGAUCACACGUCUGUAGGUCUGGACAAAACAGACGAAGCUUAUCCACACCAUAACGAAUUCAGCAUCGAUAUCGGCCAUGCGCCUGAAACAAUCCUGCAAGACUUCCAGGUUAUAUACACCGAUUACAAACACUGCGUUCUCUUUUGGUCCUGGAGCUUAGGCUACCAAGUGUGGGUGGAGUCAUCAUACCUGAAAACAUGGAGAAAGGUGCCCGAAGUUUGCUACCUUUUGUACGAUCUGCUUGAGCCACGUAGAAGACACGUUGUUUACAAAUGGAAGAUGUGUGAAAAAUAAACGUCCUGCAGAAGUACGUCGGUGUGCUUUCGACACUACGAUGGGAAUAUAAGUCGCGGACCUUUUAAAACU